CUAGAACCUACCCAUGCAUCUGAUGCUGUCUGCGACCAACAACCCUCGCCAGCUUACUCUCGGACAAACAAUGGUGUUUUACUUUACGAGCAGAUGUAUAUCCCCCGAAGGCACCUGUUGUCCCAGCCAGCAGACAGCCAUCUAGUUAACAAUUCAUACUUUGUACUUUGUACAAAGUAGCAGCCAUGUGCAUGACGUCACGGAAAUCUAGGCUUCGACCUUCGACCUUCAGACUAAUCCUCCAUGUGGAUUCCGUCUCUCUGGUUUUAGUAGCCCAGUUCUCAAUAUAUGCAAUCAAAUUCGUGCCAUUCAAAUGUCACCUGCAAAAAGUGGGUUCGCCCUCGUGACCCCGGCUUCGAAAGGACUGGGAUUCGCCUUUGCGCGACAGCUGCUGUCCAACACGGACCUCCCCGUUAUUGCGACUGCGCGGAGAGACACCGGACAGCUCCGUAAAAUCUUACUGGAUCAAGUCAAUGAUGAGACUGGAAAGGCAGAGGAGAGGCUAAGAGUCUUUGAAGUUGACGUGACUGAUGAGGCAACCAUACACGCCAUGGCAGCACAGAUACGAGAAGAGUUUCCACAGACUUCCCUGCGUAUUGCAAUCACCGUACCUGGCGUUUUGCACGUGGAGAAGUCUCCGACACAAAUUGAUGCUGCCAAUGCUCUGCAUAGCUUUCAAGUCAAUGCUCUCGGUCCUAUGCUUCUUAUGAAGCACUUGGCACCUUUUUUGCCAACGAAGUCGUCUGCAAUCUUUGCGGACGAAUCUCUGUCGGCACAUGUACAGCGGCCGUGGAGACUUCCAUCGCAUGCGAUCUACGCGAUGAUGGCCGCACGAGUUGGGUCCAUAUCGGAUAAUGCAACAGGGGGCUGGUAUUCAUACCGUGCUAGCAAAGCCUCCGUCUUUCAGCUGACCAAAACUUUCGAUCUGUAUUUGCGGUCACGCAGCAGAGACCGAGCUUUUGCGGUGGCGUUGCAUCCCGGGACAGUCCAGACUGAUUUCACGAAAGAUUACUGGGAUGGCAGACACAUGCUGCAGCCAGAAGAAUCUGCGGUGAAGCUAUUACAGCAUCUCUGUGGUAUGCAGACCGGUGACUCCGAUGGGCGGGGCCGCUGUUGGGAUUGGAAGGGAGAGGAGGUUCUGCCUUGAAAGAUGUGGAUGAUAAAAUAGAAAAUGCAUGCCUUGGUCUUUGUGCGCCAUGUAUCGGACCGAUUUCCUUGACACAUUUGUGAUUUCAUUCAUUUCUCUUUUUAAUCUCGUAUGUGGAGUUGUGGUCACUCAAGGUGGGGAGAGCGAUUCAUGAGAGACGGUUGAGAUGAAUAGCACAAUGCUUGAGAGUGCAACAAUUUUGGACACAGUGGGCCACGGAAAGCACCUUAAUUAUCUUAGUGCGUAUUUUGGUUUUAAGGCACCGACAGCAGGCUGCAUGCAGG